AUGUUUAUUGGAAGAACUCAACCUCAUACAUUCGUUCCAGAUAUCAAUCUUACUAAUAUUCAAUCACAAGAAUUCAUGUCAUUUAUAUUUACUCUUGAAAAAGAUACUACUUUAAUAGAUGAAAUUGUGGAGUAUACUAAAACAAAGGAAAUUGAUGAAUAUGUGGAGAAUGGUGUAACAUAUAAAGCAUCUCAAAGAUUGACUCUUUUAGAAUUACCUCCAAUUUUACUAAUUGGAAUAAAUCGACGAAAGUUCUUUUACAAUCAAAAUCACCAACUUGAAUACAAAAAAAUUGAUUGGAAAUUUGUGUUUGAAGAAACAAUUGAUCUUAAACAAUUUAUUUGCAUAGAUUCACAAGCAGAUGAUCAAACACCUGAAACACAAUUUUCUUUCUACGGCUGCAUACUUCAUAUUGGUGGAGCCAACAGUGGACAUUAUAUCUCAAUCAUGGCAGUCAAUGGAAAUUAUUUUCUAUUUAAUGAUGAUAGAGUUGCAUAUAUAUUUAGUGGCCCAUUAGACUCUGAAAUGAAUUUUUAUGAUCAUAUAAGUGAUGGAAUAGUAAAGGAGAACAUUCAAAAGCGAUGCGUUUUGCUUAUGUAUGUAAGGAAUGAUCAAAUUAUUCAAAACUUUACACCAAUUUUUCAUUGUGAUGUUCCAGAUAACAUCAUUGAACAAAUACAUUGGCCUCAAAAUCUUUUCGAAAAAGUUCUGACAACAUAUCACAAUGCAAACGAAUAA